AGUCCCGCCCCUGCGGAGACCGGCGCUGGGACGGAACCCAGGCUCCUCGCAAACCCGGAAUGUGAGGCUUUGGCCUGGCGGGAGGGUGUUCCCUGUCCCACCCUUUCCCCGGGCGGCGUCCGCGGCCGCUGUUCCCUGGCUCACCCCGGACGAGACUGGGCGGCCGUGCCCUUCUGCCGUGUGCCCGCGUGGCUGCCGCCGACCCUCUGAAUCCUCCGGGGCCGCAGAGGAGUUCGCUACGGAGGGAGGCGGGGGCCUUCGGGAGGAGGAGGCGGAGGAGGCGGAGGAGGAGGGAAGGAAGAUGGCGGCCGUGGAACUAGAGUGGAUCCCAGAGACUCUCUAUAACACCGCCAUCUCCGCUGUCGUGGACAACUACAUCCGCUCCCGCCGAGACAUCCGCUCCUUGCCCGAGAACAUCCAGUUCGAUGUUUACUACAAGCUUUACCAGCAAGGACGCUUAUGUCAACUGGGAAGUGAAUUUUGUGAAUUGGAAGUUUUUGCUAAAGUAUUGAGAGCUUUGGAUAAAAGACAUUUACUUCAUCAUUGUUUUCAGGCUUUGAUGGAUCAUGGUGUUAAAGUUGCCUCUGUCUUGGCCUACUCAUUCAGUAGACGGUGCUCUUAUAUUGCAGAAUCAGAUGCUGCAGUAAAGGAAAAAGCCAUUCAGGUUGGCUUUGUUUUAGGUGGCUUUCUUUCAGAUGCAGGCUGGUACAGCGAUGCUGAGAAAGUUUUUCUUUCCUGCCUUCAGUUGUGUACUCUACAUGAUGAGAUGCUUCAUUGGUUUCGUGCAGUAGAAUGUUGUGUGAGGUUGCUUCAUGUGCGAAAUGGAAACUGCAAAUAUCAUUUGGGUGAAGAAACAUUUAAGUUAGCUCAGACAUAUAUGGAUAAACUGUCAAAACAUGGCCAGCAAGCAAACAAAGCUGCACUCUAUGGAGAGCUAUGUGCACUCCUAUUUGCAAAAAGCCACUAUGAUGAGGCAUACAAGUGGUGCAUUGAGGCAAUGAGAGAAAUCACAGCAGGCUUGCCAGUCAAAGUUGUGGUGGAUGUUUUAAGACAAGCUUCUAAGGCUUGUGUUGUAAAACGUGAAUUUAAGAAGGCAGAACAGUUAAUUAAACAUGCAGUGUAUUUGGCACGGGAUCAUUUUGGAUCCAAACACCCAAAAUAUUCUGAUACACUGCUAGAUUAUGGGUUCUACUUACUCAAUGUAGAUAAUAUCUGUCAGUCCGUGGCAAUUUAUCAGGCAGCUCUUGACAUUCGACAGUCAGUGUUUGGUGGCAAAAAUAUCCAUGUAGCAACAGCUCAUGAAGACUUGGCUUAUUCUUCUUACGUUCACCAGUAUAGCUCUGGGAAAUUUGACAAUGCGCUAUUUCAUGCAGAAAGAGCUAUUGGUAUCAUUACCCACAUCCUACCUGAAGAUCAUCUUCUUUUGGCUUCUUCAAAGAGGGUGAAAGCACUUAUUUUAGAGGAGAUUGCAAUUGACUGUCAUAAUAAGGAAACUGAACAGAGGCUGCUUCAAGAAGCUCAUGAUUUGCACCUGUCUUCACUCCAGCUAGCUAAGAAGGCUUUUGGGGAAUUUAACGUACAGACGGCAAAACACUAUGGAAACCUUGGAAGACUUUAUCAGUCCAUGAGAAAAUUUAAGGAAGCUGAAGAAAUGCACAUCAAAGCAAUUCAGAUUAAAGAGCAACUCCUUGGUCAAGAAGAUUAUGAAGUAGCCCUUUCAGUGGGACAUCUGGCUUCUUUAUAUAAUUAUGACAUGAAUCAGUAUGAAAAUGCUGAGAAACUUUAUUUGCGAUCUAUAGCAAUUGGGAAGAAACUUUUUGGUGAAGGCUACAGUGGACUAGAAUAUGAUUAUCGAGGCCUCAUUAAACUUUACAACUCUGUUGGAAAUUAUGAGAAAGUGUUUGAAUAUCACAAUGUUCUGUCUAACUGGAACCGGUUGCGAGAUCGGCAGUAUUCAGUCACCGACGCUCUUGAAGACGUCAACACCAGCCCCCAGUCCACUGAAGAAGUGGUGCAGUCCUUCCUGAUUUCUCAGAAUGUUGAGGGACGGAGCUGCUGAGGGAGGACCUCAGUUAACCAAUUACCUUUUCCCAGAUUCCAGGGAAUUCAUACUGUGAAAUCAAAACCAUGUUGUUUUUGGGGGCUGGAAUUUGCAUUGAAACACUGGUCCAGUCCAUUGAAGACCCCAUUUUGGGUGAUCCCUAACUUGCAGAGUGUUUGUAGGAAUAAGCAUAUAUUCAGUUAUAUUCAGCAUGAACCGCAUGUAUAAGUAGUCUGGCCCACAUUUUCAACCUAGUAGAACAAACAACAGGAAGUCUUUUUUUCUUUUUAAAAAAUAAUUCAUUUUGCAGAAAGCCUGAAAGAAAAAAAAAGAAUCCCUAAAUAAAAUUAUUUAAGAGUUUAAAAGAGUUGCAUUCUUAUUAUGUAAGGAUGAUUUUAACAACUUUUUAACUUAUAAUUCUUCCAUGUGGAGGUAUUCAAUACUGUAUUAUAAAGAAAUUUUAUGGGGAAAAUCUUUAUAUGCAGUAUAUAAAAGUUAACACAAGUACUAAUUAAAGAGGGACAUCCUGACUUAGGUUUGGCUACCUAACCCAGAGACCUGGAUACAACCACUCUCCAGAGCUCUAUUACAAGGGAAGGACUGUCAGAUUCAUCUGAACUGGACCAGUGUUGAUCUGUAAGUAAUAGAAAAUCUGAUAGACCAGCAGUUUUAACCGUUUUCUUUUUUGGUACAACAAUGCAAGAUGCUCUGAUAGCAUUUGCUAGCAGGACCAGGAGGAUCUCAAAAGGACCAGCCUAAUGUAGAAGGUGGUUAUUUGGACCAGAGGCUUUAGAUUAUUAUUUUAGGCCCUGCAUAUACUUUUAUCAGUAGAAUGAUUUCAUUUAGAUGUAUAAUGAAAAGUGAUAAUGCAAAAAUUAUAUUCAUAUAAUAGAUAACCAAACUAGGGAAAUUGGCAAUUUCAGUGGCAUAUCUUUAGUCGAGGUACACAGAUGGCAAUGCCAUGGCAAUUCUAUAAAUAUCUACUGCAGCCAUCCCUCUCAUUUUAAAUGUUGCUCUAAUAAUCAGUGCAGUUAACAAGUAUUUGGCUGAGAGUUGUGAAAUAGCUCAUUUCCACAUGGGAAUUUUAAGUUACUAUAUGGUCUGUGGGGAUUAAUGGAAGAUGAAUGCUCAAAAAUAAGUCUUAGAAAAUCCUUCAUUUCUAUGGUCAAUAAUAGUACAACUGGGUCAUUUUAUUUGAUAUCCAGGAGUCAAAUAGAAAAAUCCCCUAAUAUGUCUAUUUCACUAUUUUGUCAUUUUGUUUCUUGAGUUUUUAUUUUAUUUUUUAAAGCCAGUCAGGUUAUUUGAAGUUGAGGUAAUAUUCAAAUUUGAGAAUUUGUGACAUGUAGCCAUCCCAGAAACAAAAAGGUCUUUUGCUGUUACCUCAGUUCUUACUACAGUGGCCCAUCUGAUGCCUCUGUAGUCAAGAAUCUGGGUUUCCCCCCUAUUUUCAGGGGUUCAUGACUUGGCUGUUAAAGAUGUUGCUCCUGGCUAAUGCUUGGAGUAGUCUGUGGGUGAGUGGAUGUGUGUUGAAUUUUGGUUUUCUUUUAACAUGCAUGUUGGGUGGGAGGGGAAAAAAUCAAACUGUCUGCUACAUUGAGUACAGAACAAUUACUUGGAGAUUUCAAAUUUUAUUUUAAGCACUUUUUUGAACUUUCCUACUAAAAACUUGUUUCAAACUGUUAUUUGCAAGUCUUGUGAACCAAGUCCCUAGGAGGGAAUUGACUAGGGGGUGUUCAUAAAGAGAUGGAGCAAACCCACACCCUAUGAUGAUAGUAACUAUGUGAUUUAGAAACCUGGGUUUAUCCCUCAAAUUGAAUUAUUUUCUUUCUAAUUUUGGGUAAAGUUGGCACAAACCUGCAUUUUGCUGAGGUGGUCUCCCUCCCAGUUAAUUGCUGAGAGGCUCCUCUUUAUCAGUUACCAAAUAGUCUGUGUGACCAAGGACUAACAUUUUUUAAGUUACUCAGCUCUAUCCUCAUGGGCCUAUAUAUUUAAUACCUCCAAAGAUAUUUUCAGGUUAGGCUUUGUGUACUUUUAUUGGUUAUUUAGAAUCCAGUGGUAUGUUUGUGGUAUAGGAAUGUCAAGGUAAAUUGUUUUUCAAUAAAUAUUUGGAAACAUGUUUCCAUAUGAAGUUUCCCCCCCCCCCAAAUCAGUCUGUAUUUUUUGGUUUUGUGCACAUACAGCAUUUCCUAGGAUAAAAUCAAGCAAAUGACUUACAGCCUCAUCUUCCCUAACUCAGUUUGAAUUCAGCUCACACUAAGUGAUAAAGCAGCAUGAUAUUUAGAAGCCUGGGAUCACAGGGUGAUAUUCAGUGGCAGCCAGUUUUUUUUUAAACAUCAUAUUGGCAGUUUCUCCUUACCACCACUGCUUUAAUGUAGUUUUCUGUAAAUCCAUACAUUUUGAUUUAAUGCAUACACUCUAGCUUAAGAAAACAGAGUUGCCAUUUUUUAAUUGUAUGACUUAAUAUGCUAUUAUUUCUGGUUCUGAUGAAUAGUACCGUAACUUUAAGUGUAGGAUUUAUCCUUUCAGUAGGGAUGUUUAGGAUAAGCUAGAGAGAUGAAUGACACUACGAUUUAUUGGGUUAAAAAAAUCUUGAAGAAAAGAAUAAAAUUUACCUCGCAAUAACAGAUAGCUUGCACAAACUUUUUACAUGUGGUGGGGUUGUGUAUAAGGAAGCCCUGGCCAACUUAAAAGAUUUUUCUGGAAGUUCAGUGAAAUAAUGUUAAAUUAGGGGUCUCUUGGUCUCAACCUUCUUUGACUUUUCUUUUAUUCUACCCAGUCUUUUUCCUAAAGUUUGGUGCUACUCAAGUUGGGUGCAUCGGGGAGCUCUGUUAACACUUGCAUGUGUCACACAGGUGGCCGUUCACGCCUGCACUCGGCUUAAUAGAGCCAGUUGGGGUUUUUAGAGCAUAACUCUUAGGGGUCCUCAAAGCUGACUUUGCCCAAAGGAUUGGGACCCUUACUACCAUUAAAUCUCUGUCUCUGCUUGAUUAAAAAAUGAACUCACUAUUGCUUUGUAGUAAUGCCUGCCCAGGUAUUCUUUUAUUUGUGAAAAUUAAUGAUUUUUUAGAAAAGCCUUUGUUCGUAGCCUGUUAGGAAGAGUUCAUAAUUUUGUGAAAAUAAAGUACAGAGGCUGCAAUCUUAGAAAUAAUGAGGGGAACAUUUGGCUGCUCCUUAUAGUACACACAGAAAGCUGAACAGCAAACACAUGCCUAAAACAUGAUUGAUGCUUUUGGCCAAAACUUUGCAAAUUGAAGGAAUGAUUUGCUAAGUAGCAAAUAUUGUUAACUGCCACUUGUUUUUUAUGUUCUCCCUAGAAUUAGUACCCUUGCUGCUUCCAAACUUCUUUUUCUGUAUGGCAAAGUUAUUACUGGAAAAAUGCUAAUUUAUAAGUACAAAUUUUUUAAAGAGUUGUAUUUUUGCUUUAAAAAUUAAUGUCUAUUUCACCUCUUGGCUUUGGAGGACCUCAGUUGCCGGAAAAUUUUUUUUUUUUUUAAUAUGACAUUUGGAUUAAUCUCCAGCUUGAACACUAGUAGUUCUUUGUCCACAAAUCUCAGGAAUGUUUUAGGCAGAAAACUGGUUUUACCCUGUUGAUGAUCUGAAGGAGUGUGCUUUAGGAUUUAUUAAAUAAUACUAUUCUUUAAUUGCAAUCCUAGGUAUCUAUAGCAUGAGUGGCCUUAGUGAGUUUGUUGAAGUGCACAUGUUUUUCAAAAGUAAAAUUUAAGAUUAAAAUAUAUGCUAUAUAUAGAUAUCUAGAAAACUUGGUUUGUGGUGCACAGUUAAGUGUUGGAUCACUAAAUAACCGUUGCAGGUACCAUUUGUGUAAUAUUACUCAUUUCUGUAUAUUCCUUUUAUGGGAAAAUAUGUUGCCAUGGUAACUAAAACUUUUCAAUUUAGUUCUACUUUUAUGAUGUGAAUGAAUGCUACAUUUUAUUAAAUAUUACCAGGUCAGUACUAUUUUUAUACUUUAUUAAGCAACAGGGGAUUUUAGUUUAAUAGGCUCAAAAUAAAAAGCUCUUAAUGGAACAAUUAAAGGCAAAUUACUAACAAUCUUUACAUGAAAAUCCCCACUAAUAGUGCCACAGUAAAUUUCUAUAGAAAUAUCUAAGGUCAUUAAAUAGAUUUUUGAAGACAGUUCUUCAUUGUGUCAGAAUGACCUUUCAUAUCAUUCUCACCAACUUGUAGUGCCCACCAUUAUUUGUAACUAUUAAACCAUACUAAGUAUGUUUGUAACCAGCAUUGUGAUAUAUUCUGUACUUGUAUUGCUAAAAAUGAAUUAUUGACCUAAUAAAUAUAGUGUUCCUGCA